AUGCUCCACCUCCCCGGCGCGGCGGGCGAGACGGGCCGGUGGUGCGCCCUCGGCGGACUGGAGAGGCCUCGGGAUCCCACCUCGGCCGGCGAGCAGCGCCGGCCUUCACCUUCAUUGCGCCACGGCGGCUUUCCCGUCCCGGAGCCGGUCGCGGCGCACCGCCGCGGUGGAAAUGCGCCCGGCGGCGGCCGGUCGCCGGCCGGGGGGCGGUCCCCCGCCGACCCCACCCCCGGCCCCGCCCGCCCACCCCCGCACCCGCCGGAGCCCCCCUCCGGGGAGGAGGGACGACAGGGGAGGGAGGGCGGGUGGAGGGGUCGGGAGGAACGGGGGGCGGGAAAGAUCCGCCGGACCACCGGCACGGCCGGACCCGCCGCCGGCCUUAGAUGGAGUUUACCACCCGCUUUGGGCUGCAUUCCCAAGCAACCCGACUCCGGGAAGACCCGGGCCCGGCGCGCCGGGGGCCGCUACCGGCCUCACACCGUCCACGGGCUGGGCCUCGAUCAGAAGGACUUGGGCCCCCCACGAGCGGCGCCGGGGAGUGGGUCUUCCCCCCCGCGAGCAACCGCCGCACGGCUGCGGGGCCGGGCGACGGACAGCGCGGCGCGCCUGUCCUCCCUGGACGACAACACCCCGUCGACCCCCCCACCCCCCGACCCACCGCGGGCUCGGGGCACGCAGCGCGGCGCGGCCGCAACCCGGGGGAAAGCGCGCAGCGGCGGGCGGCGCCGCGGCGUCCCGCGGGCCGCCGCCGGGGCACGCGGCCCCGGGGCGCGGCCCCGUGCGCGACUCGGCCUCGGCGCGAGCCGCCCCGACAGGGCGAAGGCCGGGAUCGCCGGCGGGGAGGGAGGGGGUGGGCGCGGACCCCGGACGCGAGGCGGCGGCCCGCGGACAGGGGGGGGUGGGCCCAGCCGGGACGACCGCGGCUCACCGCCGGGGGCACGGCGGCGAGACCGACGGCGUUCCGGGCCCGGGCCCUCCCCUACGACGGGCCACCACCGGCGAGCGGCACGGGACCGCGACCCUCCCCCAACGCACAACCCGGGCGACCCCAAGACCGCCACAUUUCCCCGAAGGGGUGCCUCCGGCCGGCCAGUCAGAGACAACCGAGACCAGACUCCGAGAAGGUCGGAAAGGUUUGGACGACGGGGCAUCCGGCCACCGCCCCCCACGCGAGGGGCGAAGCUCAGACAACCCCACAGGCGCCCAGGGGGUUCCCACCGGCCCCCCACCACGCACACACCGAGGGACGCGGGGCACACACGCACACGCACGGCCCGACGGGGCCGCCGGGUAGCCCCCUCCCGGCGGCCACGCAAAGACCGUGGCGUGGCGCAGCAACCCCGGCCCCAGGGGGCGUGGGGUGGGGCGGCGGAGUCUGGGGGAGAAGGGAACCCUCCUCCCCACGGGCCCGACCGCCCCGACCCGAGGCGGACGGGCGACCCCCAAAGGGUCUUUAAACCUCCGCGCCGGGACGCGCUAGGUACCUGGACAGGGGGUGGGGGACAGGCGAGGCAGGAGGGGGAACACGAGGCCACAGGCCAACCCCGCCUCGACGCCAAUCCCGUCCGCGGCCAACCCCGCGGGGCGCGGAAACCCCGACGCUGCCGGCCCGUGACGGAGGAGGCAACCCCCGCCCCGCCGGGCGCCGCCGCCGGCCCCCUACGCCGACACCCGACACCGCCCUCUCCCCCACCCCUUCCCCCCCCGCCGGAGCCGCCGGGGGCGGACCGGACCGGACCCCUCUCCCUCCCCAGGCACCCCAAAGCUCUCUCUUCCCCACAACCGCGUCCCUCCCCGCACCCGCGAACCCAGGCCCCUCUCGCCACAGAGGGCGAGGGGCUGCGGCGGGAAGCGGGGCACGGGCAGGCAGGGCGCGUGAGGCGGGGUGAGAGAGCGGGGGCGGGGAAGGCGAGGAGCCGAACCCGGGCCCGAGGCCUGGGCGGGGGAGCCAGAGGGGAGAGAGACACGGAGCGGGCAACGACGGCAGGGUCAGAGCAGACGUCCGACGGACCGAGAGAGAACCGUCCAGGGCGGGCGGCGGGAGGCGGCGGCCGGCGGGCACCCCGCGUGAGCCGAGGCUCUGAGGCCCCCCGGGGUGGCCGGGCGGACCCGAACCACCCCAGGAAGGCGCCACGGGGGCCCGCCGCCGCGCCGCGCGUCCCGAGACGCGCCGGAGGGCACCGUGCGGGCGCGGCGACCGGGAAGGACCGGCGCCGAGGGCGAAGGCGGCAGCGGCGGCGCGCGCGCGCGCCCCCCUUCCCAAGCCCUCGACCCGCCCUCCGCGGGGAAGGCGGGGCGCGGGAGGGCGGAGACCGGGGGGACAAGGCAGGCGCGCCAAGGGGCGCGGCGUGGGGACGCGACGCCAGCCCCGGGCGGGGAAGACGGGCCGGGGGGAGAGCCCAAGAGGGGACACGGGGCGAGGGGGAAAGGCGCUGCGCCAUCCCCCCCCCGCCCCUUCCUCCGGGCGACCGCCGCCGUUCCGCCGCCGAGGCCGCGUCGCGUGGCUCCCACUCGCCUCUGGGCGCCUCCUUCCCCCCCCCCAUCCCUCAGGGCCCUUUUGACCCCGCGCGCACUUCUCUCUCGUCCCUCGCGACCAGCGGGCCGGCACCGCACCGGCCCGCCCGCGCCGCACGGAUAGUCAAGUUCGACCGUCUUCUCAGCGCUCCGCCAGGGCCGUGGGCCGACCCCGGCGGGGCCGAUCCGAGGGCCUCACUAAACCAUCCAAUCGGUAGUAGCGACGGGCGGCACGGCGACUACCAUCGAAAGUUGAUAGGGCAGACGUUCGAAUGGGUCGUCGCCGCCACGGGGGGCGUGCGAUCGGCCCGAGGUUAUCUAGAGUCACCAAAGCCGCCGGCGCCCGCCCCCCGGCCGGGGCCGGGGGGAGGCUGA